AUGGGCCGCAAACGAAAGCUCAGCCAAGCCGAGCAGGACAACCUCAAGGAAUGCUUGGCCGACACUGGUGGCCGGUGCUCGGACCAAGCGGUCCUGAAGGUCUGGAACAAAGCUUCCGAGCUGCGGGCGGGAGCUAAGCACGCGACUGCCAACGACGGUCGGCAGUUGACGGCAGAACUCAACGAGCCGUGUUUGCGGUGCUUCGAAACGCACGAACUGCCGACCUUGACUGGCGACACAGUUCGUUUCUGCUUGGCCAAUCUUGGAGAGUUGUUGCAGGAAGCGACAAGGACGUCCCAGGAAUGGAGCUUGGUUUUGGAGCGAGCGGUUUCUAGCGAUGGCGGCAGAAUGACGUGCAUCCUAUAUCAUGACGAGGUGACAUGCGGCAACAUCCUGGCCCCAAGGAAAUCAGGAAAAGUUUGCAUGCUGUACGCGAGUCUGAUGGAGAUGCAUGCGUCGCUUAGCGUGGAGAAUGCAUGGCUCUGCAUCGGUCUCGUGCAGCACCAAGACCUGGAGAGGGUUUCUGGCGGCAUGUCACGACUCAUGGCGCUGGUGAGCCGAGAGCUCCACAAGCACUCGGGCUUCCACCUGUCCCUGCCGUCCGGGCAGAAGUGGUGCAGUCUUCGUGCGAAGACGUACUUCCUUUCCGACGCCGAGGCGCAGCGCGCCACCUGGAGUGUGAAGGGUUCCAGCGGCCUGAAACCCUGCCUGUUUUGUUGCAAUGUUCUGAGCAAGUCUUGUCUGCAAGACGUGACAGAGCCCUUCUGCAGCAUCACGGCAGCAGAUCCUCAGAAAUUCCUGCCCUUCACAGACCAGGAUUACUUUCAAGCUGCGGAUGAACUGCAACAUGCCGCAUCCAAAACCAAAAGGCAGCAGUUGGAAAAGGUCUUGGGGACAACCUAUGCAGAAGGUGGUCUACUGGUGGACCCCGUGGCCAGGGUGCACCUGCCGCCGUCUAGCAGUUGUGUUGACGUCCUUCAUGUCUACUUCGCCAAUGGAGUAGCAUCCUGGGAGAUAGGGAAUAUGAUAAAAAUCCUUGAGGAGGAAGGAAUCUCCCUGGAGACGCUGCGUGAGUCAGCCUGCUCCUCGGAUUGGCGCAAGGCCGCCACCGCGCAGAACGCUUCAGCCUACCUGCGAAAUGUGCUGCUGCACCCCAAGAUGUUCGACGAAACCGGUUUCAAAGGUCAAGGCCGGGAUGCCUGGUCUCUUGUCUUCCUGCUGCACUACUACGUGCUCCAACUCUUGGAGGACAGGCAGCAGCUCGCACGGGAGAGCUUCUCCCUGCUGCGUGCCCUUUGCUCCGAGCUUCGUUGCCUCAAAUACCGCUGCAAGCCCAUCAAUGAGGCUGCAAUCUUGGACAGGCUGGUUUCCCUGCAGACAAAACACCAAGCUGCCUACGUGAAGUCCUAUGGUGCAGAGGCGAUCAAACCGAAGCAUCAUCACAGGUUUCACCUUGCUGAGAGUACCCUAAAACUCCACUGGCUGCCAAACUGCGAAGUGCACGAAAGCAAGCACAGGCAUGUGAAAGGAGGCUUCCUAGAGAACCAAAAGAAAAGCAUCAACAAGGGGUGGGAGCUGCAGAAGGCGUUGUUGGGCCGCCUUUUCCGCCAGACUGUGCUGGAUGCAGACAAGUUCGGUUUGAAUCACUGGGGCGCACCCCCUGCCGCGGUCCAAGUUGCAAAGAAAGCCUCGUGGGAGAUGCGACAGAGAUUGCAAGAUGAUACCCUCUGCGUCGUUAAAGAACUUCGUUUGGUGAGACUCAGUGUCAAAGCCGGCGAUGUUCUGCUUUUCGACACUGUGGGAGGGGUCGUGACGCAAUGUCUGGAUGGAAGGCUGGCAGGGCCGUGGUUCUUAGCCAAACGGCUCAAGAAUAAAAUCUCUCAAGACUUUGGUUCGCUUUGGACGGCGACAGACGAAGAUGCCUUGCUGCAGCCUUCGGUGGACCACGGCCUCCUGCUCCCCGCUUUCUGGCAAUUUGUUGGAGACAAGGUCCUGUGCCUGCACUGA